GCUCUCUCUUUCUCUCUCUCGUGCGUAUUAAUAUCUUCGCCACCACUGCUUUUCUUCUUCUCUCCUUUCUCUUUUUACCCAUAACCCCCCCCCCCCCCUUAUUUAGUUCAACCUUUAUUUCUUGACCCUUUCUGAUGUCAACAUGAAAAUAACAACCCAUCUUUCUUCUUCUUUUAUCUUAUUUCUGUUUUUAUCAUCUAAUUUCCACCUAGUCAACCAUUACCUUCUACUAUUAUAACCAUUUAAACUCUCUCUCCUUUUCCUACCUGCCUUCCUCCUCCUUCUCCUCAUAGUUUCACCUUUCCAAUGAAGAAUAAUAAUUCCGCCGCCGAUGGCGAACAGGCCGGCAAGUUGUCGGUUCCCUCGGUCGUUCCUACGAUGACGACGACGUCGGUGGUUACGUGGAGGACGGUGAGAGUGUCGGUGGUGUUGGUGGGCGUUACGUUGGGACUCUUCGUUCUGUACAACUCAGCCAUUAAUCCUUUCAAAUUUCUUCCUGUUUCCUACACCUACCGUGCUUUUCGAUUCUCUUCUCCUCACAAAGACCCUAUUUUGGAAAAAGUUGUGAAAGAAGCGGCGAUGGAAGAUGGAACAAUAAUCAUAACGACGUUGAACGAUGCAUGGGCAGAGCCAGAUUCACUCCUUGAUUUGUUUCUUAAGAGCUUCCACGUUGGAAACGGAACCCAAAGAUUAUUGAAGCAUUUAGUGAUAGUCACGCUGGACCAAAAAGCGUACUCUCGUUGCGUGGCCUUACACCCUCAUUGCUAUCAAUUGGACACUCAAGGAACCAACUUCUCGUCUGAAGCCUACUUCAUGACCUCUGAUUACCUAAAAAUGAUGUGGCGAAGAAUUGAAUUCCUCAUAUAUGUUCUUGAAAUGGGUCACAGCUUCGUUUUUACAGAUACUGAUAUCAUGUGGCUGCAAGAUCCAUUCAAUCAUUUCUACAAAGAGGCGGAUUUUCAAAUUGCUAGCGAUUCGUAUUUGGGGAAUCCGGAGGAUUUAAACAACGUUCCAAACGGAGGGUUUGUGUACGUGAGAGCGAAUCCAAAAACAGUGAAAUUCUACAAGUUUUGGUACCAAUCGAGAACAAUAUAUCCAGGGCAGCAUGACCAAGACGUGCUGAACAAGAUCAAACAUAGUCCGUUAAUCCCUAAAAUUGGGAUGAAAUUAAGGUUUCUUGACACUGCUAAUUUCGGUGGGUUCUGUCAAAUGGGGAGGGAUAUGAGCAAGAUGGCUACAGUGCAUGCCAACUGCUGUGUUGGAUUAGAGAACAAAGUUCACGAUCUCAGGAUUUUGCUCCAAGAUUGGAAUAACUUUUUUAACCGAACAAUUGCGGGUAACAAAUCACCUUCGUCCACUCCUUCCUGGACUGUUCCUCAAGAUUGCAGAACUUCAUUUCAAAGAGGGAGGCAACAUAAAGACGAUAAGAAAACUGGGAAUUAGCAUAUUAUGAAGUUCAGAUUUGGUGUGAUGAUUUGAAGAGAGAAGCAAACUAAUAUGUGAUGCAACCGUUUCUAUUUUCGAAAAGUGUUGGAUAGGAUAAUGUUAAUUUUGAUUCGAAUGAGAUGGUUGCAUUCCCCUAUUUGAUUUAUUAGUACACAAUUUGUAUGUACAUUACAAAUUGGGUGAAGAGAUCUGGACCGGCAAGAACCAAUUUUUAUGUACAUUGUUAAGAAGCCAAAAAAAGAAUACCAUUUUUCUUUUCCUUUUCUUUUAAAAAAAUUUAAGAGGCAAAUUUAUUACUUUUA